AUGAUGGUCAAUGAAAACUUCACGGAAAGUUCUUCUCAUUUGACUCACGUCACACAAGGUCGUGCCAAUCCUCUAAAUUCAGAUAAUACUGAGAAAGUCACAUUGGCUACCAAAUCUCAAAGAAAGGAUCGAGAAUGCAGGACAUCAGUCUCAAGAUAUGAAAACAACCCUCCGGCUUUAGAAUUCCAUGGGAAAAGCAACAAACUCUUGAAACCCGAAUGGAAACAGGACCACGAAAGGGCUGCAUACGAAGCUGAAACUGUUCCACGCUUCAUAGCUUCUCGCAAAGAUUGUCAAUACGAAAUCAAGUCUAGAGUAGCCCCAGACCUGCAUUGGCAGGCAUUCCAGAGAGAAAAUCGCGUCCGAUUGCCGCCCAAAUGGAAAAUAAAAUAUCCUCAGUACACUUAUAAAGCGGGAGCAUCACCACGCCACAGGAACUCUUACACUGGAGCAUCAUCUAAGCCGCCACGCACAUCUGUAUUGUAUACACAGAAUUGGUUGAUGGAUCAAUACGUCAAGGAUAAUACCGAAGAUCUGAAGGACAUGGAUCAAAUUUGUGCAAGCUGGGUUGCCUCUCAACGUGCUGGUGAUAACCCAUACUGCGCAAAAGUUACGGUGGGAGACCCAAGACUACUAGACUACUCAUCUAGGCGUCUGCAAUUGCGAAGGGAGAGAGAGAAGAAAUGGCACCAUAUGCAGAGAACAAAAGAAAGACAAGGGAAGUCUGAGAAACUGUCAAUGAUUGAGGAUGAAAUUGAAGAGCUCACUCUUAGAGUUGGCCGGCAUCAGUUUUCCUGA